CAUAUGUUUUGUCUGCCAGGGACAUGGGACUGGAUCUGUUUAGACACCAUAUAGUCCUCAACACGCUGGUCCAGACACGCACCGUGGAGGGAUUGCUUAUGUUGAUAGAGAAAGAGAGACAAGGUGACACAGUAGACAGAACUCUGCUCAAAUCUCUGCUCAGAAUGCUCUCAGACUUACAGAUCUAUCAAGACGCAUUCGAGUCCAAGUUCCUUGUGGCCACUGAAGCGCUGUAUGCGGCGGAGGGCAAGCGGCUCAUACAAGACAUGGAAGUGCCUGAGUACUUGCACCAUGUGGACAAGAGACUUAAUGAAGAGAAGGAAAGACUGUUACAUUACCUGGACACGAGCACCAAGUGGUCAUUGAUACACACGGUGGAGAAACAGCUGUUAAGUGAACACCUGACAACAGUUCUACAGAAAGGUUUAGACAAUUUGCUAGAAGAGAACAGAGUAGACGAGUUGGCUCUUCUGUAUAGCCUCUUCACAAGAGUCAAGAAAGGUCUGCAAGAGCUCUGUGCCAACUUCAACACGUAUAUCAAGAAAAAAGGGAGAACAAUCGUGAUAGACCCUGAGAAGGACAAGACGAUGGUCCAGGAACUGUUGGAUUUCAAGGACAAGAUGGACAAUGUCGUGUGUACGUGUUUCCAGAAAAACGACAAGUUCGGGAACAGCCUUAAAGAAGCCUUUGAACACUUUGUCAAUCAGAGAGCCAACAAGCCAGCAGAGCUGAUUGCCAAGUUCGUGGACUGCAAGUUGAGAGCUGGCAACAAAGAAGCCACAGAAGAGGAGCUGGAGAAACUCCUGGACAAGAUAAUGGUGUUGUUCAGAUUCAUCCACGGUAAAGACGUCUUUGAGGCCUUCUACAAAAAGGAUCUAGCGAAGAGACUGCUGGUGGGCAAGUCUGCGAGUGUAGACGCAGAAAAGUCCAUGUUGUCCAAGUUGAAGCAGGAGUGUGGUGGCGGCUUCACGUCGAAACUGGAGGGCAUGUUCAAGGACAUGGAACUCAGCAAAGACAUCAACGUUGCCUUCAAACAGUACAUGAGCAACCUGAGGAGUAGUUCUGUGAGCAACAUUGAGCUGACUGUCAGUAUCCUGACCAUGGGCUACUGGCCCACCUACCCUCUCAUGGAGGUCACCUUGCCGGCUGAGAUGGUGCAAUACCAGGAUCACUUCAACAAGUUCUACCUGGGCAAGCACAAUGGACGGAAACUACAGUGGCAGCCCACGCUGGGUCACUGUGUGCUGAGGGCAGAGUUCACGCAGGGCCGGAAGGAGCUGCAAGUCUCACUGUUCCAAGCACUCGUGUUGCUGCUCUUUAACUACUCGGACGAGACUAGCCUGGAGGAUAUCAAAGCAGGAACAAACAUCGAGGAUGGAGAGCUGAGAAGAACGUUGCAGUCACUGGCGUGUGGUAAGGCCCGAGUGCUGACCAAGAUGCCUCGAGGCCGAGAUGUGGAGGAUGGUGACAAGUUCUCCUUCAACGCUGACUUCACAAACAAACUCUUCCGCAUCAAGAUCAACCAGAUCCAGAUGAAAGAGACUACAGAGGAACAGAAAGCAACAGAAGAAAGAGUGUUCCAGGACAGACAAUACCAGAUCGAUGCUGCCAUCGUACGCAUCAUGAAAAUGAGAAAGACACUCACCCACAACCUGCUCAUCACGGAACUGUACAACCAGCUCAAGUUCCCCGUCAAGCCUGCUGACUUGAAGAAGAGGAUCGAGUCGCUGAUAGACCGGGACUACAUGGAGAGGGACAAGGACAACGCCAACCAGUACAACUACAUGGCCUAAACCUCUGCCUCAGUGUGCAGUCGGAGAUGGACUUCAACAAAUUUAGCUCAGACGGUUUUCUUUUGUAGAACGCUCCCAUUCGAGUUCACUCAGCUUUUUACAAAUCCGAUCGGUACUUUUGGCAGCGUCUGUGAGUGAUUGUGAUAUUCUGACCUAGCGGUCGACCCAAUUAAAUUUUCUCAUCAACAUUUAAAUAUUGUUUUAAAGUAAAACUUUGGAUUGUUUAACUUCUCCCAAAUAGAUAAUUUCAGUAAUCAAGGAGACUAAAUCUUGUGUAUGUAUAAAGCUACUGUUAGAGAGUAAAUGUUUAUUUCUAAUAUAAAUUAUGAUAAAAAAACUUA